ACCUCCACAUCUCUGCACUUGCCAUUCCCAUUAUCUCAGUUCCAACUUCAAUACUCUCCAACACUAUAUAAAAGCUAAACCAGAGUUUCUCUGAUAUUCAAACCCCACCAGAAAUUCUGAGUUUUCUAAGUGAAAGCAAUAUCAGUGACAGAACAAGUGGCUCAAGAAACCAAACAUGUCAAUGGACACUCCCUUGCUAGAGAACACUGACAACCCUCACACUGCUGAGGAGAAGACACUGAAAUUUGUUGUUAAGAGUUUUGGUUUUGAAUCAAAGAAGCUAUGGAGACUAGCAGGCCCUGCUAUCCUCACCAGUAUAUGUCAGUACUCGCUCGGUGCACUCACUCAAACUUUUGCAGGCCAAGUUGGUGAUCUUGCUCUUGCAGCAGUUUCUGUAGAAAAUUCUGUCGUUGCAGGUCUUGCUUUUGGCGUCAUGUUGGGAAUGGGAAGUGCCUUGGAGACUCUAUGUGGACAAGCUUUUGGUGCAGGGCAGAUGACAAUGUUGGGAGUGUACAUGCAGAGAUCAUGGGUCAUCUUGUUCAUCACUGCACUUCUUAUGUUACCUAUUUAUAUUUGGUCACCCCCAAUUUUAGUGUUGUUUGGACAGACACCUCAGAUCUCACAUGCUGCAGGAAAAUUUGCUUUGUGGAUGAUACCCCAGUUAUUUGCAUACGCUAUAAACUUUCCAAUCCAAAAGUUUUUGCAGGCACAAGGCAAAGUGCUAGUCAUGUUAUGGGUAUCAGUAGGUGUUUUGGUGUUCCACACAGUAUUUAGCUGGCUUCUUAUACUGAAGCUGGGCUGGGGUUUGAUUGGAGCAGCUAUCACUCUUAACGCAUCAUGGUGGUUGAUUGUGAUUGGACAAUUUCUCUACAUUUUCAUUACAAAGUCAGAUGGAGCAUGGACUGGAUUCACAUGGCUAGCAUUUGUGGACUUGUUUGGUUUUGUGAAGCUUUCUCUUGCUUCAGCUGUUAUGCUAUGCUUGGAGUUCUGGUAUUUGAUGAUACUGGUGGUGAUAACAGGGCGUUUGGAAAAUCCUCUGAUAGCUGUUGAUGCCAUAUCUAUCUGUAUGAACCUAAAUGGUUGGGAUGCCAUGAUUGCAAUUGGGUUCAAUGCUGCUAUAAGUGUGAGAGUAUCAAAUGAACUUGGUGCUGGUGAUUUCAAGGCUGCAAGGUUUUCAGUGUUGGUGGUUUCAAUCACAUCAGUGGCNAUAGGUUUUGUGGUCAUGAUCGUAGUGCUAUCCACAAAGGAAUUUUUUCCCUACUAUUUUACCACCAGCUCUGCAGUUGCCCAUGAAACAACUAAGCUUGCUUCUUUGCUCGGUUUCACUGUGCUUCUGAACAGCCUUCAACCAAUCCUGUCUGGUGUUGCUGUUGGAGCUGGUUGGCAAUCUCUUGUAGCAUACAUCAACAUUGGGUGCUACUAUGUAUUUGGAUUACCAGCAGGAAUAAUCUUGGGAUUUACACUUAAUUUUGGAGUAGUGGGUAUUUGGUCAGGGUUGAUUGCAGGCAUAGUUUUGCAGACAAUAAUCCUUAUUGUAAUCACUUCAAUAACCAAUUGGAAAAAAGAGGCUGAAGAAGCAGAGGGUCGUGUGAGAAAAUGGGGAGGAACAAUUGCAUAUGAUCAAUGAUUUUGUUUUUCGCUUUUCUUUCCUUUUCUUCAUGGCAGUGGAGAAUUAGAAUUAUUGUCCAUGGAAUUGUACCAAUAAUGAAAAACUUCAUAUUUUAGGCAUGUAUUUGAAUGAGAUUUUACAAAUUUUGUUUUAGAUUAUAGGUCCAUUUUUAUAUUUUUUUGCUAAUAAAAAUGGCUACUUCUUCCU